CAUUCAUCAAAACAUAUUUUCUUUAAAAAAGAAGUAGAAUCGUAUAAAAUGAGUAUGAGUGCUAAGCCAUUCAAAAAUGGAAAAGGUGUAAAUAAACCUUUUCGUUCUCCAUUUAGUACACCUCAAAGUAACAAUAACAUAAAUAUCUCAAAAUUAAGUACAUAUGAAACACCAUCAAAAAUAUCUGUAGCAAAAAGACUAAUUUAUCAACAAACACCUUCUCCUAAAAAAUUAUGUAUAAAUAAAGAAAAUAAUAAUAAACAAACAGAAAUUGAAGUAAAAAAUAAAUUAUAUCAAGUAGACUUGGAAUCAUUGAAGAAAAAAAUACAAGAAAAGGAAAAAUCUAUUAAAAUUUUAAAAACUACAUUAUCAUAUAAGAAAAAGAACAAAGCUGAAAAUUUAGAAAGCGUUAUAAAAAAAUGGACAGCAUGUUGUCAGAAUGUUCUUAUUGAUUAUCAAAAAUAUUUACAAGAAAAAAAUGAUAACCAACCAAUAAAAUUAUCUGAAAUUUUAUCUUCAUUUAAUAUUAAUCCUAAUAUAGUUUGUUUUUCUAUUGAUGAGGAUACAUUUUAUUAAUUGAAUAAAUAUCAGAGAAAACAUCAUAUAUAAUAUAUA